AUGGCGCAAAAGCCACCUCUUUCCAACGGCAUCCUCGACAGCCGUGGCCGCCAGACCCCCCUGGCACUUCAAUCGCAAGCGCGAUACUCGUACAGGAUCGACAAGGCAAGGCGCGUCUUCGUAACAGUCGGCGUCCUAUCGCCUAAUGACGGCGAGGACCAAACCGACGAGAGCACAGACGAGGAUGAGGAGGAAGAUGACGACAAGGACGAGGGCGAAAGCGAGGAGCCCGAAGAGAUCGAUAAGGAUAGCCGAUGCUCGGUAGAAGAACAGGGCGACGGCAACCGAGAUCAAUUGCGAAAGCUGGAGGAUCAGUUUGGGCAACUGGACAUUGGCGAUGCGAAAGUAUGGGAGCCACCCAUGUGGCAGAAUACGUUGAUUUUAUGUCGCCAUGUGGGAAGCUUCUUUGGCUAG